AUGUCGACCCGCAAGAGAAAGCAAGAAGCCGAGGAGGAGGAGGAACUUGUAGCACUCCCUAGCGACGAGAGUGAAGAGGAAGAAGAAUAUGAGAGCACCGACGUAGGCAGCGAGGAAGAGGAAGAGGAGGAAGAGGUAGAUGAGGAUGACUUUGAAGAGGAAGAAGAGGAAGAACCUGAAGAAGAGGGUCCCCCCGUUAGCAAGAAACGAAAGACCGAAGACCACGUCAACGGCAACGGUGUAACCAAGAACGGACACAAGGGGGGAGACAAAGAAGAGAAAGAGGAGGAAGAACAAGACGAAGACGACGACGAGGAGGAGGAGGAACAAGAGGAAGAGGAGACGGCCAAGUCGAGCGGUCCUGCUGCUGCGGCUGUCAAGGCAAAGGGCAAGGUUGUGCCCAAGGAGCCGGAGGUUGUCGACGUUUCUGACGAAGAGUAG